ACAGGUGAUAUGUUAAUGAGACAAUAAAUUAUUAAUAUUCAAUAGGAUUAGAUAACAAGUGAACUUUUUUUCAAGUGAAUAAUUUUAAUAAGUUGCGAAAUAAGCGCGAUGGUUUUGAGUAAAAAAAACAGUGCAGGUGCGGUUAAGAAGAAGAAGAAUAGUGGGAAUGAAGUAAUAUCUUCGUCAUCGACGUCAACAAUGGACGUCGGUACCACUGAAGAAAUCACAUCAUCGUCAUCUACAGUGGUGACAUCAUCCCGUGUAGUCGAAGAGGCCAGAUCCAGUGUAGAAACUAAAAGUCAGAGCAAUGUGGUUGAGACAAUUAGUGGGAGCCGAGAAGUUAUUAUGGAUUCCAAGGGCAACAUCAUCAAGGUCAUUGAAAGUCCACCCAGGACGAGCAGACAAAUGACAACAAAAGAUGGAAAAGCUUCGGAUGAUUUUAUACGGGGCGAACAGACGCAGAUCCUUCAGGAAGCUAGAUUUCUUGAUGGUAACAAAAAUAUUUCACAAUCCAAUAAUUUGGAGCUCUCCGAUAGCCAUGUAGUGUCUUCUAGUUCGUACAGCACAUCUUCCCAUGUUGAAGAAGCCUCCAGUCAAUUUCACGAGACCACGGCCCAGGGUGUAACUAACAGCCGGUCCUCAGAAAGCCAGCAAUCGAGUAAACUUGUAUCAGAAGCUCGCGAAGUUGACGGAAAAAUUUAUACCGACACUAAUAAAGUUCAAGAGUCAUUUCAGAGUAAAAAUGUUGAUGGAAAUGUCGUGGCAAGUCGUGAGAAAAAUGUCUUGAGUGAGAGUAUGGUAGAACCCUCGGGAAAAUCUCAACAUACAUUUAUUGAAAACAGCAGCAAUAGCAAUAGCAAGUUUUCUAAAUGCGUGCCUUCGUUAAGACCCGGAGAGUCAUCUUGGGACGGUAAAUUUGUGUAUGAAAAACCAGAAAAAUCAGGAACUAAUUCUCAAACAAAAUUAUCAUCGCCGGUUCCCAGUUCCCGCUCUGAAAAGGUAAAAAAAUUUAUUUCUGGUGACGUAACAUCUAGCUCUGAAAUUCGAGAAUCUCAAGUACACGAAAGUACUUCCACCAGCCAUGUUUCUGAAGUAAUAACUUCCCACAGUAGUUCGGACGUUAGAAAAAGCAUUGAGACAGACUCUUUUGACAGUAAUUAUCACAGCAAAAAUUCACGACCUGGCGACUCCUCGUGGGAUGGAAGUUUUGUUAUUGACAGUAGUAAAACGACUGAGCCAUCGGUCGUGAGAAUAUCUGAUAAGGUCAGAGACACGGUUGAAGUCAGAGAUAUUUCCGAUAGUGCAGUCGAGUCCUCCGUGACCUCGUCCUCCUACAUAGUAGAAUACAAGGACGCGAGCGAUGGGAAACGUAUUGAAAAAGUAACCUCCGUGUCUACAGCUAUUCCAGAAGAAGAACCCCCCAUUCCAAGAGACUCCAGUACUCCCAGGCGCUCACAAACCCCAGAUAAGUCGCAGGCUUACAAGGUAGGCCAAUCUGCUUGGGAUGGUAAAUUUUUAUACGAAAAGCCGCCGACCAAAACGACUCGUACUGACGCGGUAAGACCGACAAAUCGUGGACAGAGAACAGACGUUGAAAUACGAGAUGUUACUGACGAUUACACUAUCAAUGAAGCUGAUAUAUCGACAUCUUCGUACGUGGUCGAGACUUCGUCAAGCCAAACUAGUUUCUCGGACGUUCGCGAGUCCAGUCUUACUUCUGUCACUCGAGACUCUGGUGGGUGGGACCAGAAAGAUGUCACGAGAGAUAAGCGACCCUCGUCGCCAGAAACAACAGACAGGGCUGCCUUGAAACCUGGUUCGUCGACGUGGGACGGAACUUUUAAGCGUCCGGACCCGGUUCCUAUUGCCAGGAAGCCCAGAGUCAGCGACACUACGCUGGACCUCCGAGAGUAUGACUCCAAUUUGUCAGAAGUAAGUUCUUCAGAGAGAUUUAUUUUUGAACAAUCCCGCGUCCAUGAAAGCUACUCGGAUUCCUCGAAUAUUGAUCUAGCUUCCACAGCGGUUGAGACAAUAAUUAUUGUUGAUGGUAAACCAACGCGUACUACCAAAUACAGCGUUGAGUCUACCGGAGAGACUACGGAAUCACUACAGGGUAGAAAGUCCCCAUACCCUGAAGAUCAUGUGAGCAGACCGACGAAACAUGGAUCCUCCACGUGGGACGGCUCCUUUACUUAUGAAAAACCUGUUGACGCAAAAAAGCCGGGUGAUAAGAAAGUUACCAGCAAAAUUCUGGUUGAUAAAACAAGAGACACGUCUGAAGAUCGCUAUGUAACUAAUGUUAACGUUGAUAUGACGGAUGACAUUAAAAGUACAACGGAGUACAGUACUGUGACGUCUACCUCUGGUAUGGCUGAUUCGAAGACAACUGACUUGAAGACCAUUCACAGCAAAAGACCGCAGAGUCCUGAAAAAUCAGGACCAGCAGAUCGCUCAGGUCGUCCAUCAAAGCCUGGAUCUUCUACGUGGGACGGAUCUUUUACUUAUGAAAAGCCUCAGGAAUCCAAGAAACCGAUUGAUAAGAAAACAAGCGAUGCUAAACUUCCGGUAGAUAAGGAAUCCAAGGACACCUUACGUACUGAUAAGAGGUUUGUAACUAACGUCGAUGUAUCUGAAGAUAUUAAAAAUGUUACUGAGUUCAUUAACAUCGAAAAAUCCAGUACUGAUUCAAAGAUUUACGACUCUUCUAAUUUUUCCAAUAUAAUUACUCAUGAGGUUUCUGAUUCGCGAAAGCCUGCGGGUCCAGUUAGAAGACCAGAGAGUCCUGAGAAGUCGAUGAGCUCAACAGAUCGGGCAGCUCGUCCAUCAAAACCGGGAUCUUCAACUUGGGAUGGAUCGUUUACGUAUGAGAAAACUCCGGAACCUAAAAAACAAAUUGAUACAAAAGUAAGUACCAAAAUUACCGUUGAUAAAAAACCCAAGGAUAUUUCCCGUACUGAUUAUGUAUCCACUGAAUUUAAAAGUGAUCUUGAUGUUUCUCAAGAUAUUAAAAGCACAACUCAGUUUAUUAAUAUUGAAAAGUCUAGCACUGUUGACUCCAAGACGUUUGAUUCUUCUAAUUUUUCAAACACAAUCACACAUGAAGUAACAGAUGUACGAAAGCCUUUAGGUCCUGGUCAAAAACCAGAGAGUCUUAAAAAUAGACCAGAAAGUCCUGAAAAAUCAGUGAGUCCUACAGAUCGCUCAGUACGUCCCACUAAACCCGGGUCAUCGACUUGGGAUGGAUCUUUCACCUACGAAAAACCUCAAGAACCUAAAAAGCCGAUUGAUAAAAGUCCAACUGAUUCACGACUUCCAGUGGAUAAAAAACCAAAAACUACUUCGAAAGAUGAUUACGUAUCAAUCACUAACUUGAGCAGUAAUAUUGACGUUUCUCAUGACAUCAAAAACACAACUCAGUUUAUCAACGUUGAAAAAUCUACUUCCAUUGAUUCAGCGACACACGACUCUACAGAUUUUUCUACUACAAUUACCCACGAGGUUUCUGAUUCACGAAAACCUUUGAGUCCUGGCAAAAAACCGGAGAAUUUUAAAAAUAGACCAGAGAGUCCUGAAAGACCGAGAAGUCCUACAGAUCGCUCAGCACGUCCGAAACUCGGAUCUUCGACUUGGGAUGGACAUUUCACUUAUGAAAAGCCGCAGGAACCCAAGAAACCAACUGACUCUCAACUUCCAGUAGAUAGAAAACCCAAGGAUGUUUCACAUACAGAUGAUUACGUGUCUAUCACUGAUUUAAAAACCAGCGUCGUUGACGUUUCACAAGACAUUAAGAGCACAACUCAAUACAUAAACGUUGAAAAAUCUAGCUCCGUUAAUUCAGUGUCACGCGACUCUACAGAUUUCUCUACUACAGUUAUCCACGAGGUUUCUGAUUCACGAAAGCCUUUGGGUCCUGGUAAAAAACCAGAGAGUCUUAAAAACAGACCAGAGAGUCCUGAAAAGCCGGGGAGUCCUACAGAUCGUUCAGCACGUCCGACUAAACCCGGGUCAUCGACUUGGGAUGGAUCUUUCACUUAUGAAAAGCUGCAGGAACCCAAAAAACCGAUUGAUAAAACGAAACCUACUGGAAAAAAAUCGACAGUUGAUUCUAGGGACAAACCACGGAAGCCUACAGAUAGAGAAGACAGAAUCCAGCCCAUUCCGUCCGACUCUACUAUGCGAAAUAUUAGAGACAAUUUGACAGACACAACUAUACUCAAUGAGACGUUUAUUGUUGAAAAAUCUUCCAGCUUCACUGAUGUUGUGCAGGAAAAUUAUAUCAGCGAGUUUAAGGACACCCGAGACGUGAGAGAUGUCUCCGAGACGUCAACGAAGGAAUUUAUCAUCGAGAACCAGGUGACUAGUAUGGUAUCGCAAGAUGUCGAUGACACUCAGUAUGAGAGAACUGAAAUUACGAAAAGACCUGGGAAUUCACCGACGAACAAAACGGCGCCGGAAAAACCGGGAUACCCACGAGGAAUACCAGGGCUUAGGGAAGACGAUAAACCCAAAUCAAUUCCUGCUGCGGGCAAACCAAGCCGGCCUCGUCAACCUGAAGAAACUCGACGCUCACCGGAAGCAAGACCACGGUCACCAGAAAAACCGCGAGAUCACGUGACACCUGGAAAACCAAUACCAGCAGCUGGUAAGCUUAGUCGUAAGCCCGAUGACAAACCAACAACUGAAAAGGCAACUCCAACAGCGGGAAAACCCAGCCGAAAGCCUGAAGAGAAGCCAAUUGUCGAAAAAUCUCGACCAGCUGCCGGGAAACCCAGUCGGUCUGAUUCUCCAGAAAAGCAGAAGAGCCCGGAAAAAAGACCUCAACGCAGAGAUCAAUCUCCUGAUUCUCUUUCUCUUGACUCUCCUGUCGAAAAAUCUCGACCAGCUGCCGGGAAACCCAGUCGGUCUGAUUCUCCAGAAAAGUUUAAGAGCCCGGAAAAAAGACCUCAACGUAGAGAUCAAUCUCCUGACUCUCUUGUCGAAAAAUCUCGACCAGCUGCCGGGAAACCCAGUCGGUCUGAUUCUCCAGAAAAACAGAAGAGCCCGGAAAAAAGACCUCAACGCAGAGAUCAAUCUCCUGAUUCUCUUUCUCUUGACUCUCCUGUCGAAAAAUCUCGACCAGCUGCCGGGAAACCCAGUCGGUCUGAUUCUCCAGAAAAACAGAAGAGCCCGGAAAAAAGACCUCAACGCAGAGAUCAAUCUCCUGAUUCUCUUGACGGUGACAAACCUCAGAAACCAGGUUCUAUUAAUGUACUCAAAGAAAUUCCCCUGAAAGAGCAAUGUAUCUGCGAAUUAUGUACCUGUGGCCGACAUCGCUGCCCACACAAUCUCCCAGAAGAUCAUUUAGAUAUUUCUAAUGAGCCAAUACAAGCAGUGUCAUUGUACAGGCAGGAAUUUGACGAGAAACAUGUUGACCGUCAGGUAACAUAUCAUCACGAAGAUCACCUUCAUGUUGAGGGCGAAUUUACCGGUGAGCGUCGAACGGAUUAUGUUGCAACUCGAGGUGAAAGGGCACCAGUUAAAAAGCCACAGGAUAACCUCAAGCCCGAGGGCGAAUUUUUUGGAAAACCCAAAGAAGAAGCGCCCACACAUGGAGAAAAGGUACCUGUACGACGACCUCAGGAUAAUUUGAGACCUGGAGGAGAUUUCGAAAGUGUCACGACAACGGACUUAGUUUUCACUGGAAAACCUGGCGAGCGUCCAACCCCAGUUCGUCGUAAUACUUUUACUAAAAUAGAGGGUGAUUUUACUGAUGAAACAACUUCAAGAUCAGAGUACAUUGAUCAUCGUAGUGUUGAGCGAACUGAAAUAUUUAGACGAGUGGAUAAUCUCACCGUCGGAGAGGGAGAAUUCACGGGAACCUCUCACACAAAGGAUGACUUCCAUACACAUGACAUUCGUGAAAUAGAUCGUCCGACUUACCGUCGUCCUUCGGUAGAUCAAACAGAUCGUUUCUACAGUCAUACUGACAUAGAAAACGUUACAACAACACACGAAGAGUAUCGCAACUUUGAUAAGACCGACUACAAAAGUACAGUUGUCGUGAGGAGAGAAGACAAUUUACGGCCUGAAGGUCCUUUCGAAGGGCGUCCAAAGGAUGAUUACUCACCGAAAAGAAUAGAACGUCCUGACGCAAUACGUCCUCACGACAAUUUGAAACCCGAAGGACCCUUUGAAGGACGACCCAAGGAUGACUACAAGCCGACAAGAGGCGAAAGAGCUGAUGUCAAAAAGCCGAAAGAUAAUUUGAAACCUGAAGGACCAUUUGAAGGGAAGCCUAAAGACAAAUACACACCUGGAGAACGUCGCCAGCCGAUAAAGCAUCCGGAUAAUUUGCAUCCUGAGGGAGAUUUUGAGAGACCGGAUCAAACUCCAUAUGCCCCUGGUACUCGCGCUCCUAUUGUCAGACAUCCAGACAAUUUAUUCCCCGAAGGAGAGUUCCCGGAUCGCGAAAGACAACCGUAUAAGCCCGGUGAAAGAAGAUCUCCGAUAAAGCAUGAUGAUAAUUUGAAGCCUGAAGGAGAAUUCACUGACAGACCGAAAGACAAAUAUUCACCGGGAGAAAGACGCAAGCCUAUUAAGCAUAAAGAUAAUUUGAAACCAGAAGGCGAUGUUGAGUAUCCAGAGCAAGAGCUUUAUGGUCCAGGUGAAAGAGCGCCUAUUGUCAGACAUCCAGACAAUCUAUUUCCAGAAGGAGAGUUUCCGGAUCAAGAACGUCAGCCUUUCCGUCCUGCUGAGAGAAGAACGCCAAUUAAGCAUGAAGAUAAUUUGAAGCCGGAGGGUGAUUUCGAGAGACCUGAGCAUGAAGAAUUCAGGCCGGCUGAAAGACCAGUUGUUAAGAAGCCCCAGGAUAAUUUGAAACCUGAAGGAGAGUUUGCUGAUAGACCAAAAGACAAAUAUUCACCGGGAGAAAGACGCAAGCCUAUUAGGCAUGAAGAUAAUUUAAAACCAGAAGGCGAUGUUGAGUAUCCAGAGCAAGAGCUUUAUGGACCUGGUGAAAGAGCACCUAUUGUCAGACAUCCAGAUAAUUUAUUCCCCGAGGGAGACUUUCCGGAUCGAGAACGUCAGCCUUUUCGACCUGCCGAAAGAAGAACGCCGAUCAAACAUUCGGAUAAUUUGAAACCUGAAGGUGACUUUGAAAGGCCGGAACAUGAACAAUUUAGACCUGCAGAAAGACCGAUUGUAAUAAGGCCUCAGGACAAUUUAAUGCCAGAAGGCGACAUUCAGACUUACAGAUCUCGAGAUGAUUAUGUAGACUUUGUUCAUCGUGAACGUGUUGAGAUUACUAAAUAUGAAGAUAAUUUGCGGAUGGAAGGAAAGUUUACUGACACGAGAACUCGAGAUGAUUUUAAAGUUGUCCGUGGUGAACGUGCCGAUAUUAUAAGACAUGAGGACAAUUUGCGACCCGAGGGACCAUUCGAAGGGCGUCCCAAGGAUGACUAUACUCCGAAAAGGGCUGAAAGACCAGAAAUUAAGCGUCCAGAAGAUAAUCUCAGACCUGAAGGUGAGUUUGAGCGACCAGAACACAAACCGGUGGGUCCUGGUGAAAGAAGAACUCCUAUUAAGCAUGCUGAUAAUUUAAAACCCGAAGGAGAUUUCGUCAGGAGGCCUAAGGAAGAAGCGCCUAAGAAAGGUGAACGAGCAGAUAUUAAAAGACCUAAAGAUAAUCUUAAGCCAGAAGGUGACUUUGAACGUCCUGAUAAGAGACCUAUUGGUCCUGGAGAAAGACGUUCACCUAUAAAACAUGCUGACAACUUGAAACCUGAAGGUGAAUUUGAGAGACCGGAGCAUGAAAAAUUCAGACCAGCUGAAAGACCAAUUGCUAAAAAGCCCGAGGAUAAUUUAAAACCAGAAGGGGACUUUGAAAGACCGACGAAGAAACCUGUAGGACCUGGUGAACGUAGAACGCCAAUAAAACAUGCUGACAAUUUGAAGCCUGAGGGUGAAUUUGAGAGACCCGAGCAUGAAGAAUUCAGACCAGCUGAAAGACCAAUUGUUAAAAAGCCUCAAGAUAACUUGAAGCCAGAAGGUGAUUUUGAAAGGCCAACCAAGAAACCUGUUGGUCCAGGUGAACGUAGAUCGCCAAUUAAGCACGCUGACAAUUUGAAACCAGAGGGUGAAUUUGAACGUCCAGAACAUGAACAGUUUAGACCGGCUGAAAGGCCAAUUGUCAUAAGACCUCAAGACAAUUUAAUGCCCGAAGGCGAUAUGCAGACUUACAGAUCUCGAGAUGAUUAUGUAGGCUUUGUUCAUCGGGAACGUGUAGAGAUUACUAAGUACGAAGAUAAUCUGCGGAUGGAAGGAGAGUUUACUGACACGAGAACUCGAGAUGAUUUUAAAGUCGUCCGUGGUGAACGUGCCGAUAUUAUAAGACAUGAGGACAAUUUGCGACCCGAGGGAUCAUUCGAAGGGCGUCCUAAGGAUGACUACACUCCAAAAAGAGCUGAAAGACCGGAAAUUAAACGUCCAGAAGAUAAUCUCAGGCCUGAAGGCGAGUUCGAACGACCAGAACACAAACCGGUGAGUCCUGGUGAAAGAAGAACUCCUAUUAAGCAUGCUGAUAAUCUGAAACCCGAAGGAGACUUCGUCAGGAGACCCAAGGAAGAAGUGCCCAAAAAAGGUGAGCGGGCAGAUAUUAAAAGACCUAAAGAUAAUCUUAAACCAGAAGGUGACUUUGAACGUCCUGAUAAGAAACCUAUUGGUCCUGGAGAACGACGUUCGCCAAUAAAACAUGCUGACAAUUUGAAGCCUGAAGGUGAAUUCGAAAGACCAGAACAUGAACAGUUUAGACCAGCUGAGAGACCGGUUGUCAAGAAACCUCAGGAUAACUUGAAGCCAGAAGGAGAUUUCGAAAGACCGACGAAGAAACCUGUAGGACCCGGUGAACGUAGAACGCCAAUAAAACAUGCUGACAAUUUGAAGCCUGAAGGCGAAUUUGAAAGACCCGAGCAUGAAGAGUUCAGACCAGCUGAGAGACCAAUUGUUAAGAAGCCUCAAGACAAUUUACGACCAGAAGGUGAUUUUGAGAGACCAACAAAGGAGCCUGUUGGUCCAAGUGAACGUAGAUCACCGAUUAAGCAUGCUGACAAUUUGAAACCAGAGGGUGAAUUCGAAAGACCAGAACAUGAACAGUUUAGACCAGCUGACAGACCGGUUGUCAAGAAACCUCAGGAUAACUUGAAGCCUGAAGGAGAUUUCGAAAGACCGACGAAGAAACCUGUAGGACCCGGUGAACGUAGAACGCCAAUAAAACAUGCUGACAAUUUGAAGCCUGAGGGUGAAUUUGAGAGACCCGAGCAUGAAGAAUUCAGACCAGCUGAAAGACCAAUUGUUAAAAAGCCUCAAGAUAACUUGAAGCCAGAAGGUGAUUUUGAAAGGCCAACCAAGAAACCUGUUGGUCCAGGUGAACGUAGAUCGCCAAUUAAGCACGCUGACAACUUGAAACCAGAGGGUGAAUUUGAACGUCCAGAACAUGAACAGUUUAGACCGGCCGAAAGACCAGUUGUCAUAAAACCUCAAGACAAUUUAAUGCCCGAAGGCGAUAUGCAGACUUACAGAUCUCGAGAUGAUUAUGUAGGCUUUGUUCAUCGUGAACGUGUAGAGAUUACUAAGUACGAAGAUAAUCUGCGGAUGGAAGGAGAGUUCACUGACACGAGAACUCGAGAUGAUUUCAAAGUGGUCCGUGGUGAACGUGCCGAUAUUAUAAGACAUGAGGAUAAUUUGCGACCCGAGGGACCAUUCGAAGGUCGUCCCAAGGAUGACUACACUCCAAAAAGAGCUGAACGACCGGAAAUUAAGCGUCCAGAAGAUAAUCUUAGGCCAGAAGGUGAGUUCGAGCGACCAGAACACAAACCGGUGGGUCCUGGUGAAAGAAGAACUCCUAUUAAGCAUGCUGAUAAUUUAAAACCCGAAGGAGAUUUCGUCAGGAGACCCAAGGAAGAAGCGCCUAAGAAAGGUGAACGAGCAGACAUUAAAAGACCUAAAGAUAAUCUUAAACCAGAAGGUGACUUUGAACGUCCUGAUAAGAAACCUAUUGGUCCUGGAGAACGACGUUCGCCAAUAAAACAUGCUGACAAUUUGAAGCCUGAAGGUGAAUUCGAAAGACCAGAACAUGAACAGUUUAGACCAGCUGAAAGGCCAGUUGUUAAGAAGCCUCAAGAUAAUUUAAAACCAGAAGGUGAUUUUGAGAGACCUACUAAGAAACCGGUUGGUCCAGGUGAACGUAGAUCGCCAAUUAAGCAUACUGACAAUCUCAGACCGGAGGGAGAGUUUGAAAGACCAGAGCAUGAAGAAUUCAGACCAGCUGAAAGACCGAUUGUUAAAAAGCCUCAAGAUAACUUGAAGCCAGAAGGUGAUUUUGAAAGGCCAACCAAGAAACCUGUUGGUCCAGGUGAACGUAGAUCGCCAAUAAAGCAUGCUGACAAUUUGAAACCAGAGGAUGAAUUUGAACGUCCAGAACACGAACAAUUCAGACCGGCUGAAAGGCCAGUUGUUAAGAAACCUCAGGAUAAUUUGAAACCAGAAGGUGAUUUUGAAAGACCAGUUUGCAAGCCAGUUGGUCCUGGAGAAAGACGUUCGCCGAUAAAACAUGCUGACAAUUUGAAACCUGAGGGCGAGUUCGAACGCCCAGAACACGAACAAUUCAGACAGGCUGAGCGACCAGUUGUUGUGAAACCUCAAGACAAUUUGGCGCCAGAGGGCGAUUUCCAAAUAUACAGAUCUCGAGACGACUAUGUCGAUUAUGUACAUCGUGAACGAGUUGAAAUCACCAAGUACCAAGAUAACUUGCGAAUGGAAGGCGAGUUUACUGAUACAAGAACUCGAGAUGAUUUUAAAGUCGUUCGUGGUGAACGUGCUGAUAUUAUAAGACGUGAGGACAAUUUGCGACCCGAGGGAACAUUCGAAGGGCGUCCAAAGGAUGAUUACACUCCAAAAAGAGCUGAAAGACCGGAAAUUAAGCGUCCAGAAGAUAAUCUCAGGCCUGAAGGCGAGUUCGAGCGACCAGAACAUAAACCAGUUGGUCCUGGUGAACGGAGAACUCCUAUCAAGCAUGCUGAUAAUCUGAAACCCGAAGGAGACUUCGUCAGGAGACCCAAAGAAGAAGCACCCAAAAAAGGAGAUCGUGCGGAUAUUAAGAAGCCUAAAGAUAAUCUCAAGCCUGAAGGAGAAUUUGAUCGUCCUCAAAAGAAACCUGUAGGUCCUGGAGAAAGACGUUCACCUAUAAAACAUGCUGACAACUUGAAACCUGAAGGUGAAUUUGAGAGACCAGAAUAUGAACAGUUUAGACCAGCUGAGAGACCAGUUGUUAAAAAGCCCCAGGAUAAUUUGAAACCUGAAGGAGACUUCGAACGGCCUGAAAAGAAACCUGUUGGACCUGGUGAGCGUCGGUCACCGAUUAAGCAUGCCGAUAAUUUGAAACCUGAAGGAGAUUUCGCUAAAAGACCCAAAGAAGAAGCGCCCAGGAAAGGAGAUCGUGCCGAAGUUAAGAAGCCAAAAGAUAAUCUCAAGCCAGAGGGAGACUUUGAGCGUCCUGAAAAGAAACCCGUGGGUCCUGGAGAACGUAGAACACCUAUCAAGCAUGCUGAUAACCUGAAACCUGAAGGUGACUUUGAGAGGCCAGAACAUGAAGAGUUUAGACCAGCUGAGAGACCGGUUGUCAAGAAACCUCAGGAUAACUUGAAGCCAGAAGGUGACUUUGAGAGACCUACUCAAAAACCUGUAGGUCCUGGUGAACGUAGGAAGCCAAUAAAACAUUCUGAUAAUCUGAAGCCUGAAGGUGACUUUGAGCGACCAGAGCAUGAAGAAUUCAGACCAGCUGAACGCCCAGUUCCCAAGAAACCACAGGACAAUUUACGGCCAGAAGGAGAGUUCGAUAGACCCAUUAAGUCACCAGUAGGUCCUGGCGAAAGACGCAAACCAAUUCGCCAUGAAGACAAUUUGCAUCCUGAAGGCGAUUUUGAAGGUCGUCCGAAAGAUGACUUUACUCCAAAACGCGCUGAACGACCGGUCCAGAAGAAACCGAAAGACAAUCUCAAACCAGAAGGCACUUUCGAUGCUUCACCUAAGGAUGACUACAAGCCAACUCGUGGAGAACGUUCUGAAAUAGUCGUUCACCAGGACAACCUGAAGAUGGAAGGCGAAAUAGAUAUUUACAGAUCACGCGACGAUUACAUGAAAACAACAAGAAUGGAACGCGUGGAUGUCGUACGCAGAGAAGAUAAUCUUAAAAUUGAGGGUGAGUUUAUCGAUAUUCGUCGUCGUGACGAUUACAACGUCACUCGGGGCGAACGCACCGACAUCAUAAGACAUGAAGAUAAUCUCCACCCGGAGGGUGAGUUCGAGCGACCAGUUUGCAAGCCUGUUGGUCCUGCCGAGCGUCGUAGUCCCAUCAAACACCCAGAUAAUCUCAGACCAGAGGGUGAAUUUGAGCGCCCUGAGCAUGAAGGCUAUCGUCCAGCCGAGAGGCCAGUUGUCAAAAAACCUAAAGAUAAUUUGAAGCCUGAAGGAAACUUUGAAAGACCUGAAAAACGUCCUGUAGGUCCUGGGGAACGUCGUUCGCCCAUCAAACAUUCGGAUAAUCUUAAACCUGAGGGAGAGUUCGAGCGUCCUGAGCAUGAAGACUUCAAGCCUGCUGAACGACCAGUUGUUAAGAAGCCUAAAGACAAUCUUAAGCCGGAAGGAGAUUUCGAAAGACCCGACAAAAAGCCUGUUGGUCCAGGAGAGAGGCGUUCGCCUAUUAAGCAUCCGGACAAUUUGAAACCUGAAGGCGAUUUCAUUCGCCGUCCAAAGUCAGAAGCUCCCAAACGUGGGGAACGCGCUGAUGUGAAGAAGCCGAAGGAUAAUCUCAAGCCUGAAGGUGACUUCCAACGACCGAGUCCAGAGCGAGUAGGACCUGGAGAACGUCGUACGCCCAUCAGACACCCUGAUAAUCUCAAACCCGAGGGCGAAUUUGAGAAACGUACUCCAACGAAAGCUCGACCUGCUGAACGUAGAACUCCAAUACGACACGAAGACAAUCUCCAUCCAGAAGGGGACCACCACUUUACCCCACGUGAUGACUUUACGCCCAAGCGAGGUGAACGUGCACUCGUUAAGAAACCCCAGGACAACUUACGUCCUGAAGGUGACAUGGAAAUCACUCAGAGAACUCGCGACGACUACACGAAAGUUACCAAUGGACACCGUGUAGAAAUUAAACGUCAUGAAGACAAUCUAAGAAUGGAGGGUGAAAUCGAUGUUCAUCGAUCCCGGGAUGAUUUCAAGAAAGUUACCAAGAUCGAGCGUGUAGACAUCAGAAAGCGUGAGGACAACCUCAAGAUCGAGGGUGAGUUCGUAGAUAUUCAGAGACGGGACGAUUACAGCCAUACUGUAGCUGAGCGUACCCAAGUCAAGAAACAUCCUGAUAAUUUAAGACCUGAAGGAGAUUUCGAGAGGCCUGAAAGACGACCAGUUGGACCCGGAGAACGCAGGUCCCCGAUUAAGCACCUGGACAAUCUCAAGCCCGAGGGUGACUUCGAGGGCCGUCCUAAGGAUGAUUACAUGCCCAGACGUGUUGAUAAAACUGAGGUGAUUAGACGUGAAGAUAAUUUGAAGAUGACCGGCGAAUUCCAUGGAACGAGUUCACAGAAGUCUAAUUACACAGUCGUCAGAGGCGAGCGUGCUGAUGUCAAAAGACACGAGGAUAAUCUCAGAAUUAGCAGCGGUACAAUGGAAACUCGUACGACCAGCAAUGAUUCUUACUCGCCUACCAAGAAAGAUGUGGUCCCAGCCGGUCAACCCAUCAACAGACGCAGGCACAUGGAGUCCAAUAUUUCUUUAGGCGAUGAUGCUUCAACAAUGACAACUACCAAUCAGAGAAACUACAAUACCUACACGAAGAAGACAAACAGAGAAGCCAUCAGGGUUGACAAAGUAGUGGAGGUUGACAAUAAGAAAGUUAUUUCCGACACAAAGCGUCAGCACGAGGAACAUCACCACAAAACUCACAAUGAACAUCAUCAAUAUUCGUCAAAUAAUUCCAAUAUUCGUCGCGUGUCUGAAGAAAGGUCUGUUGAUCACUCUCACACGACAUCGAGACAUUCUGAUGAGCAUCGCCAAUAUUCUUCUACGUCUAACACUUCAAAUAACCGUCGCGUGUCUGAAGAAAGGUCUGUUGUUGAUCACUGUCAUUCGACAUCUAGACAUUCUGAUGAGCAUCGCCAACAUUCGUCUAUUUCUAAUGCUUCAAAUAGCCGUCGUGUUUCUGACGACAGAUCCAUCACCGAGCACUCUCGUAAUUCACACAAUCAGAUAACUCGUGAUGAUUCAACGCCUCCGAGACACUCUGACACUCAGAGAUAUUCACCAGAUACCCAGAGAUACUCAUCAGAUGUGUCGAGGCAGCAGAGAAUGGAGAGAACUCAGCAUCAAACUUCCAGCUCUCGACGCGACUACGUCAACCAGCAUGUCGUCAACGAAAGCCGUCCAAAGGAGUCUUCUCAGCGAAGAAUUGUUUCCAACAACGGACAGACCAGCUCAGAGUUCAGACAAGCCAUCAACGGUGCUCACCAUCAGUCUUCAGAUCAAACGCAUUUACAUGCUGCCGGUAUGAAAUCUUCGCACCACAGAAAAAAUGUCAUCAGCUCAUCGUCGACUGACGUAAAUAAUUCAGUCUUACAUCGCCGCGGUGUAGUUACAUCGACUGAAGCGCUCCAUGUGAGCUCUUCCACUGCUGCCGACCAGAAGAAAAGCAUUUCAAAUCUCGCUGAGAGCGGACAGUACAUCAGCAAUUCUUCCCAGAGCUCUGAUCGACGCAGUCUGACUUCAUUGCACAGAAACGCUAAAGACGGCGGAAAUCCUUACGCUUCUUCAACCUAUGAAAGAUCACAACAGUUAGCCAGGAAGGAUAAUUUGACGGUCGGGGGUAAAUUUUACUCUCACAGUGAAGCUAAAAGUUAUGGAAACUUCAAGCAAAGCGGACAGAGGGUUGAACGUGUUCACAAGCAGUCCAAUGAAUCGCACAUCAGCCUUGGUGAUGGCACCACUACUACUUCAAGCAUGUACAAGAAGGAGUUCAUACCCAGGGUUCGUGGUCCUUGUCCUGCUUCUCUUCUUGAAGCUAAACAGGCUCCGUUCAAGCAUACCAGAGACACUCCUAAACAUAAAUUUUACAUGCCACUUGUAUCCAAUUAAUUGAAAAUUAUUUUUGUCUCAAUUAAUUAUUAUUACUAAUGUUUAAAGUUAAGUCUACGGAUCAUGAGUGUGAUAAUUUUUUGAAGUACGUAAUCAUUAUACAAGUAACUAACAAGUA